AUGUCGAUUGAACUUGAUGAGUAUCGAGAAAUGUAUUGUGGUACGCUCCCUAGCGACUCUAACGCAUCUCAUCCUACUGAAUGGCACCUGACUAUUGUGAGGUCUCUGCUGGAAUCUUUUGUUGGGGCCAGGGAGGCUGUCAACACCUAUGAUCGACGUCGCUGGUACCUCCUACCGACAUGGAUGCCUGGGCUUCGAAAUUCUACUCCAGGGCAUUUGUUGAAAUCUCCAUUUAAGAAUGGGAAGAGAGAGAGCGUAGCGAAAAAUCGUCUCACUGCAUCUGAUGAUCAGCCCUAUGAAGCUCUACUUAUACACCUCAGAAUGUGGUGGCACAAGCGAGACCAACCCAACCUUAAGUGCAACUUCAAUUAUAUUCAAUCCACAAAAAAUGGCUACCGAUAUUGCCUUCGCCAUAUCAAUCCCAGUUCAAUCCAAUCAUAUCGCAACCAAACCAUCAUGAACCAGAAACGCAAAAUCCUGCAAGUAAAGGCAAGGGGGAAUCUUAGCGAGUGCAUGCUACAAGAAAACGGAAAACCUGCCAAAACAGAAGUGCCCCCGAACCAGCCUUAG